AUGUCUUCGUUGAGAUAUCGGAGAAGGAUACUUUUAACGUCGGUCAAAGACAGCCGCAACAGAAACACAUUGCCCUUCUCGUUGAACACGAUUAAAGCUCUCCAAGAGCACUGGCAUCUAGCCGAUCUUUGUUUCUACAACCAAGGUCAAGAUUUGGGGGCUUGCGCGAUGACGUUCAGCCCUAUGGAAUGUGACUUCGGAGUCAAAGGUAUAUACGUCAUCAUUCCCAACUUGAACUUCUGCGAGUGCGCAAUGAUUCACGAUCCGGCUACUCGCAGUACCUGGGCCGUUGUCUUCAACCUUCCCACAUGGACCAUCGACACGCUACUUCAGUAUCUCGGCCACGCAAAAGACAUAGCUCACAUGCCAUUCCUCGUACCCAUCCUUCUCGCAAAUGCUGCAUCUGGUGGUCUCUGGGACCGCGAGUACGAAGCUUAUGGUCACUUCAACACUAUCCGCAUAGCGAUGAAGUGCGACAAGUAUGACCGCAGUGCGAUCAAAGUCGAUCCGCGUGAUCUCGCCGACAUGCCUCGAAAACUAACAGCUUCAGCGGAUAACGUGGCGACAGUCGUUUCCUUCGCUGCAAACUUGGAAAGAAUCAUGAAGUUUCUCGACUCGCAUUUCGACGAAUACCAUAAACAAGCUCCCCCAGCAGUCUCGCGUGAAGUUCGAGACCACCUCCACUGGCUACAGCAGCUUAUCGAGGACGUUACGGUAAAGAACGAAACCGUGAGAUCUGCCGGCCAAUCCGUCGUUCAAAUGGUGUACGCAGUCCUGCAACAGAGAGACAAUGAGAUCAAUCACCAGCACGGAGGCGACAUGCGUGUCAUCGCUAUUGUCACUCUCAUGUUCCUUCCGGGAACGUUCCUCUCUACAUGGUUCAGCGCCAGCUUCUGGAAUUUCAACCCAAAGGAAGGCGGUCCGGUAGCCUCAAAGUGGGGACUCUUCCACUUCGGCGUCUCAAUUGCCAUGACACUCGCCAUCUUCAUCGCCUGGCGCAACGACUCGCUCGCCCGCAGAAAGAAACGCAACAAACCCCGCAAAAGUAAAUCUAAAAACAGUAAAGCCUCGCGCUGGACCGGAAAAGUUAUUCGUAAACUCAAGCGCUCGCCAACAACGCAGGUUGAGGAAGGUGAUGUAGAAAGUGUAGAUGAUGACGAUGACGAUGGGGAUGAGACGGAUGGGAGGGAGAAGGGUCCGAGUCCGUGGGAUAGUUUGAGGCAAAAGAUUGUUCCGUUGGCGCAGAGACGGAAGCAUAGUACGGCUGGGGGAGGGGAGAUUGUAAAGAUGGUAAGGAAGACGGCGCCGAGAAAGGAUAACAUGACGAUCGCAGAGGAGAAUGUUAAGCCGACGCCUCCGUAG